UGGGGAUCAUGGAGGGGCUGUUAAACCCUCCUGAGACUGGGGUCAAGAGUCAAACCACCCCACCCCCCCUGCAAAAAAAAAAAAAAUCUGACGACCGGUAAGGAAAGUGAUGCCAAGUCUUCGUAGCCGAAGUGACAAACGCAUAGCAAGAACAAAUCCACUCCAGAGGUUUUUAUUUUUAAUUUUUCUUAAAAAUGAGGGUACUGUAGUCUUCGAUUUUUCGAAAUUUAUUUUUCAGAGGUGGGUGCUGUUAUUUUUGUCCCUACUCGGGCAAGCCUCCAUUUUAAGCGAUGCAGUAACUGGUUAAGCUGGAAUUUUCAUUCAGGCCGAGGACUUGAACAAGGAUCCUACAAGAGGUCAUUUAAGCCAUCCUCCUACCUGCAGGCAAACUUGCCUUCCUCCCAUCCUCAAAAUUAAGUUGUUUGUUCUGCUUUUAAAGAUCUCUGUCUUUUAUUUGCUACUAGCACUUAAGAAUAGAUUUUAUUUUUCACGUAGAAUUCGACUCUGAAACAAGCUUAAUAAAAUUUAGGACAAUUGGAAUGAUCAGAGCGGUUUUAAUUUAUUAAAUAAAAAUUAAACAUGACAAGGGUCUUUCUUAAAAGGUCAGUUAACAAAUGACUUUUCAAUCGUGUUUAUGAAGUACGCUGGAUAAUCAUUUUUCUAUCUGGGAUAAUGGUUUUCUAAUUAUUUGAUAAGCAAUUUUGUAUUAUCUAAAGUAUGUGUUACACAUUUAAUCCACUUUUUAUGUAAAAUAUAUUUCUACAUAUAUAUGGAGAUACACACACUUGCCCUUUCCCAAAGGGGACUGUUUUGUACAUCUUUUUAGGAUGGUGAAGGAAGUAGUACUUCAAAUCUAUGUCUAGAUAGCUUAAAUUGUUUGCUUAUUCUUGAUUAUUUUUUAGUCUAAAUGCAAGUCCUCUCUUUCAGAUACCUUCUUGAAACAAAAAAUUUUUCUACCUGCUCCUACUUCGUCACUGAGGGAUUACUACAACUCCCUUCUUGCUCAUUUCUGAGUAUUGUCUGAACUAUUCCUGACACUAUGAAUGCUAUUUGGAUGCCUCUUAAGUCUAUUCUCUGGGGAGGCAGUAAGGGGCCGUGGACCUGGCCUCGGCACCGAGAGAGGCUGGACUUCCUGUCUCUCUGUGCUGAAUGGCUGCGAUGGCGCCCGCUCUCACUGACGCAGCAGCUGAAGCACACCAUAUCCGGUUCAAACUGGCUCCCCCAUCCUCCACUUUGUCCCCUGGCAGUGCCGAAAAUAACGGCAACGCCAACAUCCUUAUUGCUGCCAACGGAACCAAAAGAAAAGCCAUUGCUGCAGAGGAUCCUAGUUUAGACUUCCGAAAUAAUCCUACCAAGGAAGACUUGGGAAAGCUGCAACCUCUGGUGGCAUCUUAUCUCUGCUCCGAUGUAACGUCUGUUCCCUCAAAGGAGUCGUUGAAAUUGCAAGGUGUCUUCAGCAAGCAGACAGUCCUUAAAUCUCACCCUCUCUUAUCUCAGUCCUAUGAACUCCGAACUGAGCUGUUGGGGAGACAGCCAGUUUUGGAGUUUUCCUUAGAAAAUCUUAGAACCAUGAAUACGAGUGGUCAGACAGCUCUGCCACAAGCACCUGUAAAUGGGUUGGCUAAGAAAUUGACUAAAAGUUCAACACAUUCUGAUCAUGACAAUUCCAGUCCUCUCAGUGGGGGAAAACGAGCUCUCACUUCAUCUUCUCUUCAGGGGGAUGAAGUGGUGGCAUCUGAAUCUGGGGACUUGAAGAGGGGUAUGACCAAUUGCACUCUUCCACAUAGAAGCCUUGAUGUAGAACACACAACUAUAUUUAGCAAUAAUAGCACUGCAAACAAAUCUUCUGUAAAUUCCAUGGAACAGCCAGCACUUCAAGGAGGCAGUAGGUUAUCACCUGGCACAGACUCCAGUUCUAACUUGGGGGCUGUCAAGUUAGAGGGUAAAAAGUCCCCCCCGUCUUCCAUUCGUUUCAGUGCUUUAGAUUCUGACACAAGGAUAACAGCUUUAUUGCGGCGGCAGGCUGAUAUUGAGAGCCGUGCCCGCAGGUUACAGAAGCGCUUACAGGUUGUGCAAGCCAAGCAGGUGGAGAGGCAUAUACAGCAUCAGCUGGGUGGAUUUUUAGAGAAAACUUUGAGCAAACUGCCAAACUUGGAAUCCUUGAGGCCCCGGAGCCAGUUAAUGCUAACUCGAAAGGCUGAAGCUGCAUUAAGAAAAGCUGCCAGUGAGACCACCACUUCAGAGGGACUUAGCAACUUCCUGAAAAGUGAUUCAAUUUCAGAAGAAUUGGAGAGAUUUACAGCUAGUGGUAUAGCCAACUUGAGGUGCAGUGAACAAGCAUUUGAUUCAGAUGUCACUGACAGUAGUUCAGGAGGAGAGUCUGAUAUUGAAGAGGAAGAACUGACCAGGGCUGAUCCUGAGCAGCGCCACGUACCCCUGAGGCGCAGGUCAGAAUGGAGAUGGGCUGCUGACCGAGCAGCUAUUGUCAGCCGCUGGAACUGGCUUCAGGCUCAUGUUUCUGACUUGGAAUAUCGAAUUCGGCAGCAAACAGAUAUUUACAAACAGAUACGUGCUAAUAAGGGGUUGAUAGUUCUUGGGGAGAUGCCUACCCCAGAGCAUACAACAGCAGACUUAUUUCUUCCACUUAGUUCUGAGGUGAAGACAGAUCAUGGGAAUGAUAAAUUGCACAAGUUUUUAAGACGAGUCAUUAUCAGAGAUGAAGCACAUUUUACAAUGAUAAAGGGAUCGAUUCAUCAAGAAGACAUAAUCAUAAAGAUCGAGUCUGUUUCUCAGCCAAUGGAAAACCAUGGUGUCUCUGGUCAUCCUUCAGAGUCAUUGUCGGCCAAAUCAUGUGGAGCACUGAGACCUGUCAAUGGAGUUAUUAACACACUUCAGCCUGUCUUGGCAGACCAUAUUCCAGGUGACAGCUCUGAUGCUGAGGAACAAUUACAUAAAAAGCAACGACUGAAUCUAGUUUCUUCAUCAACUGAUGGCACCUGUGUGGCAGCCCGAACACGUCCUGUACUGAGCUGUAAGAAACGGAGGCUUGUUCGACCCAACAGCAUCGUUCCUCUUUCCAAGAAGGUUCACCGGAAUAGCACGGUGCGCUCUGGCUGCGAUGUGAACCCCUCCUGUGCACUGUGUGGCUCAGGCACCGCCAGUACCAUGCCUCCAGAAAUCCACUACGAAGCCCCUCUGUUGGAACGCCUCUCCCAGUUGGACUCUUGUGUUCACCCAGUUCUAGCAUUUCCAGAUGAUGUUCCCACAAGCCUGCACUUCCAGAGCAUGCUGAAAUCUCAGUGGCAAAACAAGCCUUUUGACAAAAUCAAACCUCCCAAAAAGUUUUCACUUAAGCACAGAGCACCCAUGCCAGGCAGUCUACCAGAUCCAACUCGUAAAGACAGGCACAAGUUGGUCAACUCCUUCCUAACAACAGCCAAGCUGUCCCAUCACCAAACCCGGCCUGACAGGACCCACAGGCAGCACUUAGACGAUGUGGGGGCCGUACCUAUGGUGGAGCGAGUGACAGCGCCAAAAGCAGAGCGCUUGCUCAACCCACCGCCACCCGUGCAUGACCCAAACCACAGCAAAAUGAGAUUGCGAGACCAUUCAUCUGAGAGAAGUGAAGUGUUGAAGCAUCACACAGACAUGAGCAGUUCGAGCUACUUGGCGGCCACCCACCAUCCACCACACAGUCCCUUGGUGCGACAGCUCUCCACCUCAUCAGACACCUCUGCACCCACCAGCUCUAGCCCACAGGUUACAGCCAGCACGUCUCAGCCAGUAAGGAGGAGAAGGGGAGAGAGCUCAUUCGAUAUUAACAACAUUGUCAUCCCAAUGUCUGUUGCUGCAACAACCCGUGUAGAGAAGCUACAAUACAAGGAAAUCCUUACUCCCAGCUGGCGGGAAGUCGAUCUUCGGUCUCUGAAGGGGAGUCCUGACGAGGAGAACGAGGAGAUCGAGGACCUGUCUGAUGCAGCCUUCGCCGCCCUGCAUGCCAAAUGCGAGGAGAUGGAGAGGGCUCGGUGGCUGUGGACCACAAGUGUGCCACCCCAGCGGCGGGGCAGCAGGUCUUACAGGUCAUCAGACGGCCGGACAACCCCCCAGUUGGGCAGUGCCAAUCCUUCCACCCCACAGCCUGCCUCCCCUGAUGUCAGUAGUAGCCACUCUUUGUCGGAGUUCUCCCACGGUCAGUCUCCUAGGAGCCCCAUUAGCCCAGAACUGCACUCGGCCCCCCUCACCCCUGUGGCUCGGGACGCUCUACGACACCUAGCCAGUGAAGACACCCGUUGUUCCACACCAGAGCUGGGGCUGGAUGAACAGUCCGUGCAGCCAUGGGAGCGGCGAACCUUCCCCCUGGCGUACAGUCCCCAGGCAGAGUGUGAGGACCAACUGGAUGCGCAGGAACGGGCAGCUCGCUGCACUCGGCGCACCUCAGGCAGCAAGACUGGCCGGGAGACAGAGGUGGCACCCACCUCACCUCCCGUUGUCCCUCUCAAGAGUCGGCAUCUGGCGGCAACAGUCACAGCUCAGCGUCCAACUCACAGAUGAGCGGGAUAUGAGAAUCUAAACAGACUCACUAACUAUUGGCAUUAAAGCUUCAGAAAUCUCUGCGUUUGAUAUUCAAACAUCAUAUGCCGGAAAUUUUCACAGUUUUUAGUGAAUUUAAGGAAUUUAGAUUCUACUUUGGUAUUUUUUUUUUUUCUUGUUUUGAUUUUGUUGUUUCUGUUUUGGUUUCCAUGUUUUGUUGUCACACACCUGAGCACUUCCUCCAGUUGGCUAACAGAAGUUCAGGAUAAGCCCUUGCUGGCCUGGUCCUGACACAUCCUCUGCACUGUUGAAUCACUGGACUUAGCAUUGUUAGACGAUCACCCCUCUCCCUCACACCUGUAGGCAGAGUGGAAAGCUCCAGCUCAGUGUUGCCCCCUUAGGUUAUGGUGGGAGAGGGCGGCACUCUCUGGGCUCUCAUCCCCCUUCCCCUCCCAUCUGUGCUCAGCUCUGGCCCUCCUGGCUGGGUCCCCCUUGGUUGUCUGUGCUGGAGCAGACAGACUCCCGCCAGAGCCUCUUGGCCAUACUGCCAGCUGUUCUCACCGAGCUCUCAGCUGACAGAAUGGCUUCCCCUUGUCAUCCAGAUCUUGGAGACCUAUUUUGGGUUUCCUCUGCAUUUGGUCAUCUCUGUUUUGACUUCUUAACUGCAAUAACCUGGCUGUGGCUGCUCACAUCCCCAUCCUGCCCCUUCAUGCCCUCUCAUCUGCUCCCCACGUCAUCCACACCCCACACACACACACCAGUCCUUCCACUUGGACCAUUUUUACCACCUGUCCUGGUCUAGGAAGGUAGGGUUAGGAUUACUUAACCUCUGUUCCCACUCUUCUGCAAAUUAGGGGCUUGGGGAAGUGAGCAGCCAUCUCCCCUGCCUCAUCUGUUUUCACUGACUGACUGAUUUAGUCACGUUUCCUUCCCAUCCAGCUCCCUGUCACUGUCAAUUCGGCCCUUCCUCUUUCAAGCUCCCCUUGCCUGUGGAAUACCGUCUGGUCCUAGCUGUGGUUCCCGUCACUCCCCCAUCGGUUAACCUUGUGCCUGUCUCAUGUAUGAUCACAUCACCAAAAAGGGGGGCAAUAAGGACUUCUUUAUUUUAUUUUAUUUUAUUGCCAUUUUGUAAUCGUAUAAAAAUAGUAGACAAACUGCUUAAUGGUUGGGGUUUUUUCACAAUUUUCAACAUUAGUGAUUUUUUUUUGAUUCUGUUUGCAAGUUAAAGGGUUUGUCAUUGUUUCUUUAAAAAACAAUAAUGCACCAUAUCCCUAUGCAUAAAGUGCUUCUUCUAUUUAUAAGGUUGAAAAUUCUGAAUAACCCUUUUAGCAUUGUAAAAAAAAAACAAAAAACAAAAAUUCAAAAAAAAAAACUUGUAUUUUGUAAAUAUUUUCUUUUCCUGCUUUGAGCUGUGUAUUGGCAGCGAAACAUGUAGCUGUCUUUGUUCUAUAGAAAUGCUUUUCUUCAGAGAAGCUGAUCUUUGUUAAUGUCUUGAUUCUGUUCGCAAAGCACAAAUAGUGCUUUAAAAAAAAGGAAGGAAAAAUUGAAAAAAAUAAUAAAAAAAAAAGUUACAGAAUGUUGUGUGCCAGGCCUUUCUUGACAUUGGACGUGGUAAUGGUGGCAGCUUAGGAGCCAGCCCUGUGGAACCUGUGGAAGUCUCCAGUCUGUCUUCUGGGCACCUGGCAGUGUCAUCUGAUGGUCAACAGAGAGA